AUGCUUCGGCGAUCACUCUUAGCGUUUCCCUGGUGGAACUUUCAGACAGAACAUCGACAACGGUGUGUGUUGAUGUAUGGUGGGGCUCGCACAAAGAACACACAUAAUGCAAACCACCGAGUUUUCAUCAAGAAAUACAAGCGGAAUGCGUUCCCUAACCGGACUAGGCAUCACUGGGCAGUGUCAAUGACCGGAGUGCUUUCUCAGCGGCCGCGUCGUAUGCCCUGGCCUUACGACCUAACUUCCUUGAUAUUCAAUCAACCCAGGCAAGGUUCAGAUAAAAUUGGCUAUGUGGUAGGUACGAGUAUGCUCAAAACGGCGGUUGUAGCCACAAAUCACAUGGUGUACUACCCCAAGUUUAACCAGCGCGUCUCACGCACCAAACGAUUUUUUGCCCACGAUGAAGAUUUGGUCUGCGUUGAGGGCGAUCUGGUUCACAUCAAGCAAUGCAGGAAGAUAUCUAAGUACAAGCAUUACUAUGUCUUUAGUAUUUUGGAACCGAACGUUGAAGGCCGAGAGCGGUUAAAGCUUGGUCUAAAGGCUGUUCCACCUCCGUUAUUCGGUUAUCCGGUGUCGCGGCGAAUUGUAAAGCUCAAUUUGACGAGCACUGAGGGUACCCAGGAGAAGCUUGCCGCGGCCAUCCAGGAGCAUGUGCAGGACGCCUAUAGGUUUUCUGGACCAACACCCGACCAACCGCGCAAUCGCCUGGCAGACCCCGUAACGUUUGAAGACGCAAAUAAUAUGAUUGCUCCCAAUGCUCCGGCAGCGGCGGCCUUGGAUGCGAGUGACAGCCCGCCGCUACUGGAUCGGGGGGAGUACACGGAGGUGGAACAAGAUACACGAAACAAGAAGGGAGACGAUUACUGGAUGAACUUGCAACCCAAAGAGAAAUAUGACUUCAAGAGCUUUAAGAAGUCUCCUUAG